AUAUAUCAAACACACUCCUUCACAAUCUUUACACCACCACCUCAAUUCACUAUUUCCCUCCUAACUAAAUUACCACGUCUUCCCAAACUCUUAACAUGAUGAUGAACAAGUUGAAACUCCUCUUAACCAUAACAACCGCCCUUUGCAUCCUCCACGGGUCAGUCACCACCACCGCAGCACCACCACCUUCGUCGUCGUUGGCGACAGAGUGUAGCACGGCGGUGCAGCAGUUGAUAAGCUGCUUAAACUUCGCGAAAGGCGGUGCGGCGGUGCCGGGUAAAGAGUGUUGCACAUCGGUGACUAGCAUGAAGGAGAAGCAGCCAGUUUGCUUGUGUUUCUUUAUAGGGCAAGCUCAUAAUGGCAGUGAACAAAUUAAGAGCCUUGGAAUUCAAGAAGAUAAGCUUUUGCAACUUCCUUCUGCUUGUCAUCUUACUAAUGCUAGUGCUUCUAAUUGCCCUAAGCUACUUGGGAUAUCUCCAACCUCACCAGCAGCAUCCAUAUUCAUGGCCAACGCCACAACCUCAUCACCAGGAACACCGUCGUCGUCGUCAUCGUCAUCAACAAGCACCGUAGGAGGGAGCAAAUCAAGUGGAAAUAAGCUCGGAAACGGUGUAUUUACCGGCUUUAUGGCGGUUUUCGUGUCGGCGAUCCUCUGUGUUCUUCCUGUUGUUGCAUCUUUUCUGUAAUUCUUCCAUCUUGUUUUCUUAAACUCUAUGUAUUCACUGAGUUUAUGAUCGAGAGCUAAAUAAGUAGAAGCUCUCGUACGUUGUAGUUCGGAAAUUGUAGGAACUCUAUCCAUUUAAUUAUGUUGUGUUAUUGAAAUUGUGAUUUGAACUAUAUGUUAAAGUACCUAGCUACUCUUGUAUAACAACAUUAUUGUACGUGUGUUACUUUAUUUGAUUGUGAGGUUUGAACUUCACUACUUUGCUUUUA